UGUAUGUAUGUGUGAGUCGUAAUGCGGAACUUGUGCGUCCUCGUCGGCAUGUCAGUGUGGUGGCUUCCUAUUCACUGAAACUUUCUGAAACAGGUUCACACGAAGACAACACAGCGUUUUGCAGACUGACAUUCCACGGCAGGUCUGUAGACAUUAAAGCCAAGUUAGUAUGGAUGCAACUUUACGCACGAGUUGACGCGCAAAAGACAGUAAAGUGUUCAUUUACUGCAGCUUUUGUUAUUGUUGUUAUUCAUUGUAGAGAUGAAGGAGGCGUGAAAAGGUCUUCAUAACACUUGUCUUAUUUUUUUAUCCUUAUUUUUUUGUGCGUUUUCCUUUUUUCCAAGUUACGCGUAAGUGUUUUUGUAUAUAAAAAUGAAGUUUAAUGGUUAUCUGAAGCUGCGCAUCGGCGAAGCGCUGGACCUGAAGCCCACCACCUUCUCCCUCCGCCACACUGUCAUCUUCAACAAGGGUCCCCAGGCCCUGGACCCCUACAUAGUGGUGAAGGUGGAUGACUUUAAGAUCGGACAGACUCACACCAAACAGAAAACCAACAUGCCCACUUUCAAUGAGGAGUUCUGCCUGAACGUGAGCGACGGAAAACAGAUCGAGCUGGCGGUUUUCCACGACACUCCGAUAGGAUAUGAUGACUUCGUGGCCAACUGCACCAUUCAGUUUGAAGAUCUCAUCAAAACCUCCAAUACAGGAGAGACCUUUGAGGGAUGGAUGGACUUGGAGCCAGAGGGUAAAGUCUACGUCCAUAUCACACUCACUGGAUCCUUCACCGAUGACGAUGCUAUAGUGAAAGAAAAGACAUACAAGGAGUUUACAAGGAAACGACACGGAGCUGUGAGACGACGGAUCCAUCAGGUCAACGGACACAAGUUCAUGUCCACUUUCCUCCGCCAGCCCACCUUCUGUUUUCACUGCAAAGAGUUCAUCUGGGGUGUUUUUGGAAAGCAGGGUUACCAGUGCCAAGUGUGUACCUGUGUGGUUCACAAACGAUGCCAUCAGCAGGUCGUCACUGUGUGUCCACGCAUGAAGAAAUCUGUGAAGGAACAGCCCACUAACCAAGGCUUCAGUAUCAAUGUCCCUCACAAGUUUAACAUCCACAACUACAAGUCUCCCACCUUCUGUGACCACUGUGGCUCUCUGCUGUGGGGGAUCGUGAGGCAGGGGCUGCACUGUAAAAUUUGUAAAAUGAACGUUCACAUCCGCUGUAAAGGCAACGUCGCUCCCAACUGUGGAGUCAACAGUGUGGAACUGGCCAAUAAGCUUGCAGAGAUGGGUCUGCAGGCCGGGGGUCUCUCCAAACGCAACACAUUGACUAAGAAUCCCAGUCAGUCGAGGGAGCCGUCUGAAAGGAGGGAGAGUGUAGAGACUCAGCAGCAGACUGUGAGGCUGGGCAUCUCAGACUUCACCUUCCUGCAAGUGCUUGGAAAGGGCAGCUUCGGAAAGGUGAUGCUGGCGAGACUAAAUGGUAAGGACCGAGUAUUUGCCGUCAAGGUGCUGAAGAAGGACAUAAUUCUGCAGGAUGAUGACGUUGAAUGCACCAUGACAGAGAAGCGGGUGCUGUCGCUGGCCCGUUGUCACCCCUACCUCACACAGCUGUACUGCUGUUUCCAGACACCGGACCGGCUCUUCUUUGUGAUGGAGUUCGUGAAUGGAGGCGACCUUAUGUUCCACAUCCAGAAGUCCAGGAAGUUUGAAGAACCCAGGGCACGUUUCUACACGGCUGAGAUCACCUCUGCGCUCAUGUUCCUGCACAGCAAAGGCAUCAUCUACAGAGAUCUAAAGCUGGACAAUGUUCUACUCGACAAAGAUGGCCACUGUAAACUGGCAGAUUUUGGCAUGUGCAAGGAGGGUAUGUUUGAAGGUUCAGCCACAGGAACCUUCUGUGGAACCCCGGAUUAUAUUGCCCCAGAGAUCCUCCAGGAGAUGCUGUAUGGACCCUCUGUCGACUGGUGGGCGCUUGGGGUGCUGCUCUACGAGAUGCUGUCGGGACACGCCCCCUUUGAGGCUGAAAAUGAAGAUGAUCUCUUCGAAUCAAUCCUUAAUGAAGAGAUUGUUUACGCAUCUUGGCUAAGCAAGGAGGCAGUGAAUAUCCUCAAAGCUUUCUUGACCAAAAACCCAGCUCGUCGUCUGGGCUGUGUGCCCUCGGAGGGGGGAGAAAGUGCCGUGACCAGCCACGCCUUCUUCACCACCAUCGACUGGGAAAAGCUAAAUCGCAGAGAGAUAGAGCCGCCGUUUAAGCCGAGGAUUAAAACACCCGAGGAUGUGAACAACUUCGACCCAGAUUUCACUCAGGAGGAACCCACCCUGACACCCAUCGAUGACCCUCUAUUCCCCUCAGUCAACCAGGACGAGUUUCAGAACUUUUCCUUUACUUCACCUGAGUUGCUGGAGAGCUAAACCCUCUAAGACAGAAGACAGGAGUUACACGCAAUAUGACACUGUCACAUUCCCCAGAGACAUGAGGGUGCAAAGGGCUGUGGAGUCAGGCAGAUGCAGGCCUGGCGAGAACUGGGGCUGCACCUGGUGAACUUCUACCAAGUACUUCUGUAAUUUCUGAAAAGCGACCUGUGAAUCAAGAAGUGGUGCAGCUUCUGAAAUGACUUCGAUGUGUCUUGUGUGAAAGUAGCAGAGCCCGCAUGUUGAUAUGUUGAAACAGACUUUAAUUGUACAUUUGCUUUUACGCAAUUGGAUUCUUGUAGUUACUUAAAAUGAAAAAGCACUUUUGGAAAA